AUGAGAACAUAUUUGACACUGAAACCAAAAUUUUCGUGCUCCCGGAGGGAUACGAGGUUGACUCACCCGUUUAUGGAGGCGGAUUAUCCGAGAAUGGUUGUGUCGCGCCUUCGGCGAAGCAGGUGAUCGGUGCGGCUCCACCGUCUUCGUCGUCACCACCGCCGUCGUCGCCGGCACCCGCCGCCCUCUCCCCGAUCGACGACGAGCGUGCGGCCCUCACUCUCCAUCGGCGCCUCUAUCAUCCCCUUUCAAAAGAGCGCACUUCCUGGAUCCGGGGAGAGGAGGGGGACGGUGGCGGCGAAAAAAUUUCCGAUUGGAGAUAGCUGUGACACCCCCGGAACCUCUCGACCGGGUUGAACCGGGAGAGAGACCACGUGAGAUGCGCGCGACGGGAGGGGGGCACCUCACUCGCGUGGCUCACGAGGGGACCGCACGGAGGACGCGGUAAGACGAGGGCUCGGCGGAGCGAGCCUCCUGGAUGUGGAACGAGCCAUCCGGAUCUAUCAGAGACCCGAGGCAGACGGAAGAGCCUGUCUAAGGAGAAGAGGACGCGGCCGAAGAAGAGAGGGAGAGGGCGAGGAGAGGAGGAGGGAAGCUUUGAACGAGAGAGGUCUCGUCGGAGGAGUGGGGGGAAUUCUCGAGGAGGAGACGGGUGUACGGGUGAGAGCCUAGGGACAAGAGAGGCUGUCGUGUCAAGCUCCUUCUCCCCUUUCUUCUUCCCCACUGUAAGCUUUCGAGUUCACUGGAAUCCUUAUACCUUGACUUACCGCCGUAGGGUCAGUGGGAGCUUCCGCAGGUAACACGAAAGACUGAGCAACGGUCGGGGCCGGUCUCGGGUGACGAAGCAGGGGGCUCGGAUUUAUCACCAGUGACAAUAGCCCAGUGAAAAAUUGUUUCUUUUUCAAAUUUUUGGAAAAAAUUGACGGACCCCAAGUAGAAGACUCUAAUAAGAUCGUAAUUUCAUAACAAUUAUAAAGAGUAGAUGAAUAGUGAUAGUGACUAAUAUAUGGCAUAAAAAUGACCCAAGAUUCAACUUCCCUAUUUUUUCAUCCUUUUUGAUGAAAGAGGCUCUUUCUUCUUUAGACAACAAUGAUUCUGUAGUCUUUGUCAAUGCAUGUUCGAUCGUGUUGUUGGCAUGAGUUAUAUGGCCAUACUAUUAUAGUGUGACUAAAUUCUAUAGAAUUAUUGUUGACUUGAUUAUGGAAUUGUGUUGUUGUGGUGCCACAUAUGUUGAUGAUAGUAUGAUGGUAUUACAAGUGACCUUUGGAAGAAUAUUUUUUGCAAUUAGAUUCAGACCUUAGCCUAAAGGAUUUAUUAACAAUCCUGUCCAUGACAUUCAACUUGUCCUCAAGAUGAAGAAAUUAUUGUUUGCAAAGAUCAGCAUGUUCUCAAGAGGAUUUGAAGUUAGGAAGGUCCUUUCAUUUGGCAAUCAAUUUUUGGCCAAUUCUGACUUGUCUAGUGUUUAGUAUUUCAAGAAGUUCAACAGCUUAAGUUAGACCUUCAUCAAGAAUAGUGGGAAUGAGUUGACUUUUUGAGAUGAUAUUGUUGAUUCAUGAAGCUGAAAAAUAUUGAAGAUUGGAUAAAUGUAUGAGUAUUUUGGAAGGCUUAAUCAUAUUGUGACAUAUAGUAAGAAAAUAUAGUAAGAGAAAGAAGCAAUGGACCAGCUUCUCAUAUUGUGACAUAGUGAAACUUGUGAGUUGGAUGACUUAUGUGAGCUGCAAACAACUUUAGCAUUGUGGAGAUCGAAAUCAUGUCUUGAAUCCUCGAAAGAUGUGCUUAUGUCAUUAUUAUUUUGCUUAGAAUUUAUAAGUUAGAGAGGACAAGUAUCUUGAACCACCCACAAGAGUGUGAUCCUAAGCUUACAUAAUCAAAGAGUCAAGUUCUUUGAGUCCGCAUGGGCAUUGGAGUCCACUUGUAGAUGAUGAGUACCUUAGAGGGGAAGAAACUCAUGAAAUAUAAUGAUUGAAAUUAAAAUUUAAAUGACUCUUGAACUACAUGGGAUGCUUUUAAAUAGGAUGAAGUGUGUUGAUUGGGUGCCUAAAUUUAAAUUUCAAAUGAAAUUCAAAAAUAAAAUGAGAAAGAGAAUAAUAGAAAGGAGAAUAUGAAUAAAAAUAAAAUAAGAAUAGAAGAGGGAGCGAAAAUAGUAAAAGCAUAAAGAUAGAAAGGAACUAAAAAUAUAACUAAUAAUAAAAUUAGAAAGAACUAAAAAUAGAAAAAGAGAUAAAAAUAAAAAAGGAUAAAAAUAGAAAGAGCUAAAAAUAGAAGGGGGAUAAAAAUAACACGAGCUAAAAAUAAGAGGAUAAAAAUAAAAAUAACUAAAAAUAAAAGGGGGUCAAAAUAGAAAGAGGUAAAAAUAAAAAUUUGAAGACAGAAAUAUAAAUAUGGACACAUCCUAAAACGUGUCUUAUUAUGGGCUUAAUUUUGUAAUUGGAUUAACCCCAACUUAAAUAGAUCUUCAUGUUAUUUGUGCUUUUGUUUUGUUUAACAUCUUAAAUAAAAUGUAUCAAUCUCUCUUACUUCAAAAGAAAUCAUUGACAUGACUAAGUUGUUAUAUAGUAAAUCACAUAAAUUUAAAAUUUAUAAAAACUAAAAAAAUACUAAUUUUCAGAUAUUUAGAAGUAUUUUUGAAUAAAUCUAUCAAUUAUAAUUCAAUAAAAAUUCCAAAACUAGUGAAAAUUUACCAUGUCAAUCACAAGGAUGUAAUAUAAUAUCAGGUAAUAUUUCAAUUUUUGUUUCAAAGAAUAUAAUUUUUUAUAAAUUUUAAACUAAGAAAUAAAAUUAAAAUAUAUUUAAAAUUCAUAAAAAAGAGAAAUAAUAGUGUGAACGUCAAGAUGACGUUAGCACCCAAUAAAUGUGAAUUGAGAGAAAUAAAGUUUUAGUUAAAAAAUCUUACGUAAGUGAUUAUAGAUAAUUUAGUUGGUCAAAUUAAGAUCUAUAAAAGUAGAAAUAAUCGUAAUUGAAUGAAGAGUAGUUUGAAAAUUUAAAUCACACAAAUUAUCUUUAAAUGAAGUAAAAAUUAAGUUGAAAGCAGGAAAAAUAGAGUUCCAAUAUUACGGUAAUGAUGUAUUAAUGAUGCACUAAAAUCUUGAGUAUUCAAGAGAAUUGUCAUGUAAUGUUUACAACUUUGAAGACUUUCCUUGAACAAAUACGACAUGAGUAAUAUCUAAAUUUUCUUGUGAAGUCUAAAGAUUGAUGAAAUGAGUCGUCAAAUUAUCUCUGGCGGUUGUCACCUAGUGGAGUGAAAAAAUAGUGACUUUACGACUCUUUGACGAUUGUCAUUCGACAGAGAGGAACUAGAUGAAGAUGGGAUGCAUACAAAGAGCUUCAUCCUCAAGUCCACGUAGCAAAAAGAGGCUCUUCAUCAUAUUUGGUAUGCUCUCAAGAGGUGACGACUCAUCUCUCGGUAAAUUGUUCUCUUCUCAAUGACGACUUAUUCAUCGAUCAAUCGAAGAUGAUUUACUUGAUAGAUUUGUAAUAUUUUAUCACGAAUCAUUCAAAAUUAUUAGUAAUAAUGUUCCACACAUUAUCUUGAUGAAAUUUUUGUCGAUGAUCAAAUAAUUUUAGCGGCUUAAUCUUGUACUAACGAUUUGUAGAAAAGUUAUGAUUUAAUUAGAUAAAAAUAUAAGUUUUGACUCUAGUAAGAUUCAAACUCAUGCUAAUUGCUUGCUUGUAUGAGAGAGAGUGAAAUAAGUAUUCUAAUACUUUAAUAAAGUGACAUCAUCAUGAUAUAUCAUUGUUAUAACUAGGGAGUACUUUAGGUAUUAAAAUAAUCCACACCAUUCGGGGGAAGGUGUGAUGCGAGUUUAAUCUUACAUCAGUUGUAUAUUGAAGUUUUUGGCAAGUAUAUGAUAAUAUCAUAUUAGAAGUAAUGAGUUCUUUUCUCCCACGUGUACAACCACUCCUUACCCUAUAGCUAGAUAGCCACUGGUGACGUGAAAGGAGAAUGACAUGUAUGUGCCCUCAUUAGUCUAUAGUCGUUUGAGCCCCUAUUCGUAGUUCUACCCCAACUAUGCUUUCAACUUGUUUGUGGGUCUAAUUAGCUAGUGGGUCCCUCAUCUUUUUUUAUUUUUUUCUUUAUUUAUCUGAAAAAUAAGAUUAUAAAAAUUAUAUAAAAUAAUAUAAAAUCACAUUAAUUAACUAAAAACUACUUUUCAUAAUUUAAUAUAAAUAUAAGUCUACUUAUCAUGAGUUAAGGCUAAAACUAUAUUAUUUAUUAAUUAUUAACUCAUGAUAAUAAAGACUUAUCACUCAUCUUAGAGUUUUCAUCUAUUUUUAGAUAAUACUCAUAAAGAUCCAUAACAUUUAACUAUUUUCAUUGUCUCUAAUAAGUCAAUGACAUAUGCAUUGUCAUUAAUCUUAUAAAGGACCUUACAUGGUCCAUACUUCCUUGGGCUAAGUUUGUGAUAGUUUGUGGCUAAUAAUUUUUCUUUUCUCAGAUAUACUAUAACUAAAUUAUAAACUUCUAAAAUCUUCUUUCUCCUUUUUUAUCAGCCUUCACCUUGUAAUUUGUAUAACUAGUGGUAAGAUGCUUCUUAACAUUUUCAUGUAUUAUCUUGAUGUGCUCUACCAUAUUAUUGGUCAUUAUACUUAUUUACCAUUAGAUUUUGUGUUGACUUACUAUAGAUUAUGUCAACCCAAUUAAGUUAGAAUUUGAAAUAAUAACUUAAAAUUAUAUGAAAUGUCAAAACACUAUAAGAAACUAAUUAACCACCCACUUUGGUUCACAAUCUUUAUCUCAUGUAUUUGUAUAUAUGUUGAAUAUGCAAGGUGGUGACACUUAUCUUCUAAACUUUCAUCUGAUGUGCUUGAGUCAUCAGACUUUCUCUCUCCCUAAUAAAGAUAAUUUGACACAAUUUUAUAAGUACACAUGCUUGUCUCUCCCUAGGUCAGUUGACACACCAUCUACUGGGCUGACAAUGGGUCUACAUAUGAGUUUACUCACUUUUUCUUCUCAUCUUAUUUUUGUUCCAUCUCUUUUGUUUUAAUUUUCUUUUGCUUGGUCCUCACAUGAUUUAAGACUUUUUUUUUCAUUUGAUGACUUAAACAGAUAUUUAUAUAGAAACCGAAACUUGACCUAAGGGUUUAGAUCUCUAUUUGAUGAUUAAUGCAUUUUAACAUAUUUCAUGUUAGAUUGAUGCAAUUAACUCAAUGAAAAUCAUAAAGCCCAACAACGAGCACAUUUACAUACAUAUAAGAGGAGUCAUGUAAGAUUUUAAAAAGUAAAAACUCUUCCAUUUUAUCUCAUAUCUAGGUCAUUGUUGGCAAAGAAAAUAAUCUGUGGUAUGAUCACUCAAUGUUCUCCAGCUCUCAAGAACUCAAGUGUCUCUCUAAGUUAUGGUGUGGAAGAUUAGAAUCCUUUGUGAAACUCAAGUCCAAUGAUCUUCCAUUGAUCGAAUCUUCCAAAGCUUUAUAACUGACUGAAGAAAUUGCUAAUUUUCUUCUCUCAACUCUUUAUACAUAAGAGGAGAACUGCAACUAAUCAAGUUUUUUUUUCUCAAGGUUUAGUCAACAGUCAAGUGACGUAAUUUGUUUGUUCAAUUUAGAAUUCCAAUAAUGCCUCUCGAGUGAAAUUGACCUAGGACUGAAGAAACUAAGUUACCUUUGUGCAUUAUUGGACGGCUGCACCCAUUACUAUUGUUUUGCACAGAUGAUUCAUUUAUAAAAUAUUACAACCCUUGUUGUUUUCUAUUUUUCAAGAGGGUUUCAAAUAUAAGAUGACUUUUGCAUAUAUUUGAGUGAUUUGGAGAGAUAUUAUUUUAAUAUCAUGGUUAUUUAAAAUAAUAAAUCACAUUUUUAUUAUCAUAAAAAACCGUUCAAUUAAAGGGCAUACUUUUUUAAAAUCUAACGACAGCCAUUAAAAAAAUAGCUAUAGGUUACAAAUACUUUGUAUUGUGUGUACAACAUUUCUCAGAAUUGGAUAUGAUUUCCAUAGUAAGGGAUUUGACUUUGGGAUGCUACGAUUGAGAUAUUUAUGAUCAUCACAUGCGAAGGUUCUUCCACAUUUAUGGAUACCCUGGACUUGGUGCGACCCCUCGUCCGCAGUUCCAGCAAAUAAACCAUAGCUUUCAAUGGCUAUAAAUUUUAGCCCAUAGCUCAUAGCCAUCGAAAGUCAUGUGGUGGUGGACCUUCCCGAGGCCGACGUAUGAUACUAAUAUUACUAAAAUUCACUCGUAAUGGGCAUACAACAAAUGACAGUAACCUUCCAAGAUCUACAGUGACUGUUUUUGACAGUAACCCUCCGAAAUAGCGCCGUAACAGAUUCAAAGUCAAAACUCCGGAGAAAGAAUAUUGUUGAUGAGUCAUUUUUUCCGUAGGGAGAGCUGAAUCAUUCGUCACUAAAAUUCUCUUCUGGGUACCCAAUUAUUUUUUACUAGCCGCCUCAAAUUGUUCGGAAAAUCUGAUCAUACGGCUCAUUUCUGAAGAUAACUAUGCUCACAUAUUUUACUUCCUAUGUACAAUUAAAAGGUUAGCCUAGGUUUCUACUACCAAUGACGAAAAUUAAUGACACAGUUUCGCAGUCUCUACGCCCUACCAUCUACUUUAAUUGGCGUGAGCUACUAUUUAAAGCUCAAGCAAGCGCAUCACAAGUUGGAUGGGACGCUUGGGAUACAACUGCAUGAGUCAAAUUUAUGAGGCGGAGAGCAUAACAUAAUCCUUUGAAGACGGAAAAUAUCUGACUUAGAAAAAAGGCCCGAGUCAUAGAAUAAACGGUAAAAAAUCAAGUGCCGUUUGAAAUGUGUUCGAGCCAUUCAUAUCUCAAAUAUGAACAGUAAGUAAAUGGGGUUUCCUUUUUCUGAAAAAUACUACAAUAGUAGGGUGAUUACGGAAAUAAUGGAACGGCUGAUGACACUAAUGAAACCCGCCCGAUUCGGAUUCAUAGCAUUUUUGUCCGAUCCAGUUAGAAAUUUCGCUUCCAGAUCAACUGUGGAUAUCCAUGCCUGGUGGCAUAUUUAAUAGAAUAUUCCUGGGUGUGUUUCGGCGCACUCCUUGGUUUGGUGCAGAAGACUGAAUUAGGUCGAAUGCUAAACUGAGUUCCAUUAUAUUUUUUUGACUUACCGUGAAAAGAGUAAUUCCUAUGGUCUUCCCAUAUAUCUCUGCAUUUUCCCCGGCUAGGCAGAAUGAGCAGAGUCGUGAACGGGCUUACCAGGCAAGACUGGUUGCUGUUGACAAAUCAUAGAUCUCGUUUGAGGCUACGGAAAAGCCCCGGGAAACUCAGAGAAGAGGCCGGAUUUUUAUGGACCUUGCAUAACGUAACCUGCCAGUCUGGUACUGAUUUUGACAGAAAUACACCGGACAGUGGAAGGCGCUGUUGAGGGGUAGAGGGCGGUGGCAUUAGGGGCCUUUCGAGAGGAGGAGAUGAGUGUUUGAAAGAGAUCGUGUCGUCAAAUGAGUUGUUCGUGAAUCUAUAUCUGACGCUUUUACCCAACAAUGAAUAUUAUCUGGGAACUUAAAACAAGUAAAACGGAAACCACGAAGCUUUGGCGGAAGAAUGGUAAGAAUUUAGAUUCAUUCUUUAAGUUUAUUUUAAUUAUUAGUUUUUUCAUUGACGUAUUGGUUUCUUUUUACGGUAAAGUUAGUAAUUAGAUCAAAACAAAAGAUUAGACGAGUCAUCGAACAAAUAAGGUUUUACCGAAAAAUUCGUCUAGAUUGUCUGAUACAUACAUCUUACCUCCUGAGAAACUCGUUAUCUCAAGCGUAGAAUUUAGUAAUCAUUGUUGUCAUCGUCACGGCUGUCAGAAUAGUACUCGAUAUUUAAGAGGUGUACGAAUGACUCUUUAAAAGUCAACUGGUUGAAUGUUCUAUCACCGUCACAGCUGUCAGUCAACUUUGAAAUAAAACUCAAUCGCUCGAACGAGUUUUUCAAAGACAGUAUACAAAUCUGAAAUCUCCUUUUCAUUAUUACAGUGUCCUGUCAUUUGUCCUCUUUGCAGAGUAGAUAUUUCCGUGUUCGUUUUCCUCAGAAUUUUGUGCAAAGGAGUAUACUUUCAAGCGUGAUGUUCGAUUUUGCUCCCGUCCUAGUCCGUGUAUGUUGAAGACCCUCUGGUAUGGACGAAUGAUUCUGUAGAUGAUGAAAAGGAUUACGCUUCAAGAUUCCAUCACUCUAAUUUCUCAAUGAACAAAUCCCAUAUUUUCUUCAACUUUGCUAUGCAUCCUGAUCAUGAAGAUGUUGUUUCGAAAUAGUUUUCUAACCAAUAUUGAAGAACCGCGUGCGCCCGAAAUGAUUCUAACCAACGUCCCACGUAUUUUCAUCACAUCGGUGCGGUACACUAUCACACAAAACAGAAGAGCACAAGUAUACCAGAAAGCGCAACACCUUCCUCUUCCCCACGUGCUUCGCCGCUCUUGUUUGACUUCAAGAAGAUUGCUUACAGUAAUCCCAUCCCAACGAAGAAUGAGGAAAAUAAAGCAUCGCUUGGAUGACACUAGAGAUGUUAGCUGGUAGCUUUAGAAUCUAGACUAGCUUACGACUUCUAUCCUCGAUAAUCCCCCUUUCCUCUUAACCGGUCAUACAGAACAUAUCUACCAGCAGUUGCACGCCAGGGGAUUCCCGGUGUGCACGACCUCUCUCACUCGUCUCGACCUUGGCUUCCUUCCGCUUCUGCCUGUCUCCUCUUUCUCUUCGUCAUCGAUAUGACAACGCACAUUAGGAUGUCAAGUGGAAAGCGGCAAUCCUCUGACUCCGUUGCUGAGCUCGUCGAAGUGGGCGAUGGGACGUAUGGCGGAGAGUCCUCUCGACCAGCCUUGCAAAAAGAGUCAAGGAUUCUGGACCUUGGCUCGUGAUCGCCUGCCGCACCUUCCCACCUUGGCCCUUGUCUCCGGAGCCUACAGGAUCCCCAUUGUAUACAUCUCUGGUAUCCACAACCAGCACCGGUCUUCCGAACAGCACCGCCAUGGCCAUGGGGAUGGUCAGUCUUACUCUCUCUCUCUCUCUCUCUCCCUCAUUGGACAAUUGGUUGGGUUCACAAUCUUUUGAGUCAAGCGAGGAGAUUUGAUUUUCUAUGUGCCUUCAGAUCUACCAAAGGACAAGUAUCUCGGCGGCUUCCUCGCCACUGGAUUCAACGAGGAGUCCUGCCGGAGCAGGUUCGAAUCCACCAUCUACCGGAAGCCCUCACCCCACAAGCCGUCUCCUUACCUCGUGCAGAGGCUGCGACAAUACGAAGAUCUCCACCGACGGUGCGCCCCCCACACAGCGGCCUACAAUAAAACCCUAAUGCUGCUGAAGAACAGUGAAGGGGACUCCAGCGUGACACCACUUCCCCCUGCCGAGUGCAAGUACCUGGUUUGGACGUCCUAUAAUGACCUGGGAAACCACAUACUCACCUUCGUGUCGGCGUUCUUGUACUCUCUCCUUACUGGGAGGGUCAUGCUCGUUGACCGGGAAGGAUCUCGCCGAUCUCUUCUGCGAACCCUUCCCUGAUGCCACGUGGCUCGUGCCCACUAGCUUUCCAGUCGAUUUCCAAGUCUUCGAGUCGAAGAACAACCACAGCUACGGCAGCAUGCUGAGGUACGGUAAGAUUAACGUCGCUAGCAGUGGCGUCGUGACUAGGCCUCCCCUCCCCUUCAUCUACGCCCACAUGACUUAUAGAUACGACGACAAUGAUACACGAUUUUUCUGCGAGCCCGACCAGGAGUUCCUGGUCAGGAUGCCAUGGAUGGUGCUCAAGGCGGACAACUAUUUCGUGCCGGCGCUGUUCUUGAACCGAAUGUUCGAACCGGAGCUCAGCCGGUUGUUCCCAGACAAGGAGACUGUUUUCCACCACCUGAGCAGGUAUCUCUUCCAUCCGUCUGGCACCGCCUGGGGGAUGAUUACCAGGUACUACUACUCCUACCUCUCAAUGGGUAGGGAGAAAUUGGGGAUCCAGAACAGAAUAUUCAACAAGGACCAGUCACCUUUAGACCUGGUAGCGGAUCAGGUCAUGAACUGCACGCUGAGCGAAGGGCUGCUGCCGCCAGUGGCCUUGGACAGGCCAAUCGUCUCUGCCAACCUAAACAAUUCCAAGGUCGUUCUUAUUACCUCCCUUUACUCCCAAUUCUCUGACCGAAUCAGGAAUAUGUAUUGGGAGCACGCCAACAAGGGCGGCGAUGUGGUUAGCGUCCACCAGCCAAGUCACGAGGAAUGGCAGCAGACGGGAUCGGAGAACUAUGACCUUAACGUGUGGGCGGAGAUUUAUCUCCUCAGCUUUACCGACGUUCUGGUGACGAGCACCGGGUCAACGUUCGGGUACAUUGCACAGGGGCUCGCUGGUAUACGACCCUGGAUCCUUGUAAGACCUUACGGCGGCAAGAUGCCGGAACCCGCCUGCGUGAGGGAGACGUCCAUGGACCCUUGUUUCCACUCGCCGCCAUGGUAUGACUACAAGUCAUGCAAGUCAUUCUCCGACCCGGGAAAGGAGAUCUCCUACAUGACGCACUGUAGGGACGUUCCCGACGGCAUCAAGCUGGUUGCCCCGACGGACUGAGUAAUAGACGUCAUUAUGAGUGGCCAUUCAAUUUCUUAUGCCGCAGAGCACGAGGUGAUCUCACGCAUUUGACGCAUCUGAUCAACGCUACGUUGGGUUUAACUAGGACAAAAUAUUUAAGAUAUUAUGUUGUGUCCACAUGUACGACAUGAAAGGGAAGAGCUUGGUGGGGGCUGUGUUGGGGCAGUGGGGGCAUGCGAGUUGGGUGCUGAGUGUGGACAAGAGCCCAUAUACUACUGCCAUUGCCAUGGGUUCUAGCAAUGGAAUGGUGAAGUUGUAAGAUUGAUAAACUUAAUUUAGAGGUUAAAUCUGCCAUUGCCAUUGUCGUGAUUUAAUCAUGUUCAUGUAAAUAAUAUUUAUAAAACCUCACUUUUCUAUUUAAGAUAUUAAGGGUCGAUCUUUAGGUAGUGUGGAUAAUAAGAAUAAGAAUUUUAUUUAUUUUAUUUCUUAUAUAUGUAGAUAUACUUGAGAUUGUGAAGGGUGAAAUUAAAUUUUAAAAAGGGUGAAGACAAGAUAAAUGAAAAAUGUGGCAAAGGAAGGAGAAUGAAUUUAACAUAAUAGAAUGAUAGAAUAAAUGGUAAAAUUAGUUUGAACUAAGAGUUAAUCUAUUCAUAGAGAAGGUUACAAGGAUGCCUCAGAUUUAGGUCUUGCACAAAUUUCGUUUUGCAUCAGUCUUAAGUCAAGUGGUGCUUGAUUUACGAUGAUCUUGAUGCACUCUAGGUAGUUUCUUCUUUAUGAUGACCUAUAAAUUUGACUACAACAUAUCGAAUCACUGAUUAUUUGGCCGUCGUUCUUUGCAGAAUGAGAAAUGACUAGGCCUUGAUUUCUUUAAUUUUUUUUUCAGUUAACCAUUGCUAGAGAGAGGCCAAAAAGUACCCUCCAAGAGGGAGAUGAGAUGUCUUAAUCCUUUGGAUAAUUGGGACCCUCUACUAGAUAGUUAUAAUUAAUAAUCGACUCUCUUGAUGGACAGUCUAAAUUUUUUCAUGAAAAUAGUGCUCUAAUCCUUCUCUUGAUCUCCUCUUAAGACAUUGAUAAGUUUUCAUUAUCAUAACUUAAUAAUUAAUAAAUAAUAUAUUUUUAGCCUUAAAUCAUGAUAAAUAAACUUAUAUUUGUGUUAAAUUAUAAAAAAAUAAUUUUCAAUUAAUGAAUAUGAAAUUUUAACUAAUUAUGUGAUUUUAUAUAAUUUUUAUAAUCUUGUUUUUGAGAUAAAUGAAGAAAAAAAAUUAAAAUAAAAAGAUAGAAAGGGAGAGGGGACGCCAAUUAGUCUAGCUCGCAAGUGGCUUGAGCAGCUAUGGUCUAAUGAGGGCACGUGCAUGCCACUCCCCUUUCACAUCACUAGUGGCCAGCUAAUUGUGAGGCAAAAAGAGGUCAUACAUGAGGGAUAAAGGGACUCAUUACUUCUAAAACCCAUACUACUAUAUAUUCACCCAAAACUUCAGCAUACAAUUGAUGUGGGACUAAGCCUACAUCACCUUCUUCUAAAUGGUGUAAAUUAUUUCAAUACCUAAAACACCUCUUAGUUAUAAUAAUGAUAUACCAUGAUAAUGUCACUUUAUAAGGAUAUUAAAAUAUUUUUUUCACUCUCUCUCAUGUAGGCAGACGACCAAUAUAGGUUUGAAUCCUACUAGAUCAAAAACUCAUAUUUUUAUCUAAUUAAAUCGUGACUUUCAUGUAGAUUGUCGGUGAAGGAUUAAGCCACCAGAAUCACUCAAUCAUCGAUGAAAAUCUCGUCAAUGUGAUUUGCAGAAUAUUGUUACUAAAAUUACUAAAUGAUUCACAAUAAAAGAUUGUGAAUUCAUCAAGUAAAUUAUCUCUAAUUGAAGAAUAAAUUGUCGUCUAGAAGAAGACGAUCUGCCAAAAGAUGAGUCAUCAUCUCUUGAGAGCAUACUAGAUUUGAUGAAGAGCAUCCUCUUGCUACAUAGACUUGAAGAUGAAGCUUCUUAACACACGCCUCACCUCUAUUUAGCUCCUCUCUAUUAGGUGACAAUUAUUAGAGAGCUACAAAAGUCAUGUUUUUCCACUCUACCAGGUGACAUUUACUAGGGACGAUUCGAUGACUCAUUUCAUCGAUUUCUAAACUUCGCAAGAAGAAGUAGAGAUUACUCAUGUUGUCUUUGUCCAAAGACAACCUUCAAGACUGUGGAUACUACAUGACAAUCCUCUUGAGCACUCAAGAUUUCUGUGCAUUGUCGACACAUCGCCUCCGUGAUGCCAAAACUCUAUUUUACUAUUUUUUAAUUAGUUUAACUUCUACCAUCAUUUUCUAGACUUUGAAAGAGAUCCAACAAAUGCCUUGGUCGUCCAUGUCUAAUGAGAGCUUUUGAGGCCAUGGACAUUGUUUGAUGACCCUUCCGAACACAUUGAAUUUCAGUGAUUACUAUCAUGAGGUUGGAACUCUACUUUUCCUACUUUUAACUUAAUUCUCGCUUCAUUUAAUGAUAAUGUGUGUGAUUUCCACUUUUUAAAUUAUUCUUUGUUCAAUUACAUUCUUCUAAUUUUUACAAAUCUUAAUUUGACCAAUCAAAUUGUUUAUAAUCACUUACGUAAGAAUUGUUGAGUGAAACUCUAUUUCCACCCUAUUUGUGUUCCUCAAGUGUUGACAUCAUCUUGAUAUCCGCACCCCUCAUUUCCUUUUUUGUGAAUUUUAAAUAUAUUUCAUUUUUAUUUCAUAAUCUAAAAUUUAUAAAAAAAUUAAUUCUUUGAAGAAAAUUAUGAAAUAUUACCUAAUAUUAUAUUAUAUCCUUGUAAUCAACUUGAAUUUUUUUUACUAUUUUGGAAACUUUUAUUGAGUUAUAAUUAAUAUAUUUAUUCAAAAAUACUUCUAAAUAUCUAAAAAUUAAUAUUUUCUAAUUUUAUAAAUUUUAAAUUUACAUAAUUUAUUAUAGAACAACUAAGUCAUGUGAGACAUAAGAUAAGUGGCCUAGAUAUCUCUUGAUAACUUUUUUAAGUCUUAAUGGACUAAGCUAAGGUGACACUCAUUCUUAGACUCAUAAACUUAUUAAAUCAGCCCUUUCCAUAAGACUUGGACUUUUCCUUGGGCUUCUUCUAUUACUUUUAACUUAUAAUAAGAGCUAACUUAAGUCCUUAUCAAAAAAAUGUGAAAAAAUCACCACUUGCUUCAACCAAAACAAGUGGAAUCAGUCUCAUAAUAAAAUAAAUAAAAUAAUAUAUAUUAUGACUUAAAUGAUAUAAUAUUAUGAAUGUCAUAAUGAGUCGAUAACACAUAUAUAAUUAUAUUAUCUACUCAUUAAUUAGUAUAUAUAUAUAAGAUAUUAAUACAUAGAUGUAACUAUUAAUUUAUAAUUAUCAGAGACUCAACAUGAGGGCCACUAUGUUGAUGAUGAGCAACCACGGAGAUUUGGUAUGAGUUAUGGAGUAUCAAACACUCGGUGAUGACAAAAGCAUCUCUUUGUACGAUUAUAUAUGAGCACAACAAGGAAUGGGGUUAUUCUACGUCUUUUCCCCCUCUCUUCCCUCCACCUCAACCCAUGGAAUACUGCAUAAACUGUUGUUCACUACACUGUAUCAGACUUCUUUUUUGUGAAGAACAGCAGCUUAAAAGGAAAUUUGAUGUAUAUUUCAGAGACAUAUUUUUCUAGGUAGCUGAUUGCAUUCAAGUUCGCUGAAAUUUCUCUCAUAGUAGAGACAACAAUUUUUUUUAUUAUUUUCCCAUCCAAUCAUUCCUAAUUUAUUGUGUUUAUGUGGCAGCAGGUCAAUGAAUAUAGUUGGUGUAGGGAGUUGCACUACCAAGGGUUGAAGAUUGUUUGUUAUAAACUGCCCACUAGAAGAGGACCUUAGUGACUGUAAUUGUGUUGAUAAAUAGAGAUAGAAACUGUAUUUCUAUUGACACAUUGCCAGACAAAAUGAAUGAUAUGAAAAUCAGUGAUGAUGAGGUAUGUUUUAUCAUCUUCUUUAUUCCUCUCUCCCUAUCAUCUUAUUCUAACUUUGGAGAAAAAUGUAUAUUGCAUUAGAACCUAGACAUGUUCAUUAAACAUCAGUGUUGAUGUCAACAUUGCAAGAAGCUGAGCCAACUGUAGUUGAUGGAAAUGGCACAAAGAUGGAUCAUGUCAUUGUGACAAAUUUGUGGUGGGAAUGAGUAGUCUAAACAUGUAAAGUUUCUUCUUUAGGGAAAGAAGUUCUGCUACCCUGUUGAUCCAUUUUAACUAUAUGUACCCAAUGGGGUUAGAUUGUCUUGGAAGGUUUUCAUGAUGUAAUUGUUGGGCUGUGUCUUCUAUAAGAUGCUUUCUAGUCAGUUUUAUUUUGGUAGCUUAGUAUAGUUAUUUCUUUUCUAUCAUUUUAAUAUUUUUUAAUGUUAGUUUUUGUUCAUGGCAGAUUAGCAUGACCUAAUCAUUGUAAUUUUUUUAAAACGUAGAAAUAGGAUUAGAUUGAUUCAUUGGCAUCCCGUUUGUGGACUGACGUGACUCAGUCGUUGUAUGUUAAAUCACGCAAAUAUAAAAUUUAUAAAACUAGAAAAUACGAAUUUUCGGAUAUUUAGAAGUAUUUCUAAAUAAAUAUAUCAAUUAUAAUUCAAUAAAAAUUCCAAAAAUAGCGGUAAUUUUCCAGGUCGAUCACAGGGAUGUAAUAUAAUAUCUGGUAAUUAUUCAGAAUUUUUCUCAAUGAGUACGAUUUUCUUACGAAUUUUAUACUAGGAAAUAAAAAGGAAAUAUAUUUAAAAUUCACAAAAAAAAAGGAAAUAAGGGUGCGGACGUCAGGAUGACGUCAGCGCCCGGCGAACGCGAAUCAGGCGGAAACAGAGUUCCGCCCGGCGAUUCUUACGUAGGCGAUUACAGACGACUCAAUUAAUCAAAUUAAGAUCUGUAAAAGCCGGAAGAAUCGUAGUUGAACGAAGUAUAGUUUGGUAAAUAAAAAUCAACAAAGUAUCACUAAAUGAAGCGUAAAUUAAAUUGAAAGCAGGAAAACAGAGUUCCGGCGUCGCGACGGCGAUGCGUCGGCGAUGCACCGGAAUCCUGAGCGUUCGGGAGGAUCGUCGUGCAGUGUCCACGGCCUCGAAGGCUCUCCUUGGACAAAGACGACGUGGGAAAUCUCUAGAUAAAGCAGGAAAACAGAGUUCCGGCGUCGCGACGGCGACGCGUCGGCGAUGCACCGGAAUCCUGAGCGUUCGGGAGGGUCGUCGUGCAGUGUCCACGGCCUCGAAGGCUCUCCUUGGACAAAGACGACGUGGGCAAUCUCUAGAUCUUCUCGCGAAGUCUAGAGACCAAUGAAGUGGGUCGUCGAAUCGUCUCCGGCGGCUGUCACCCGGCGGAGCGGAAAAACGGCGACUUUGCGGCUCUCCGGCGGCUGUCACCCGACGGAGAGGGGCUGGAUGGAGGUGAGGCGCGUGUUAGGGAGCUUCAUCCUCAGGUCCGCGCAGCAAGAGGAGGCUCUUCAUCGCAUCUGGUACGCUCUCAGGAGGUGGCGACUGGUCUCCCGGCGGAUCGUCCUCUUCCCGACGACGGCUUGUUCGUCGAUCAAUCGGAGAUGAUUUACUCGAUGGAUUGCGAUCCUUUUAUCGCGAAUCGUUCAGAAAUUUUAGUAGCAAUGCUCCGCGAAUCGCGUUGACGAGAUUUUCGCCGAUGAUCCAGCGAUUCCGGUUGCUUAAUCCUUCACCGGCGAUCUGCAGGAAAGUCGCGAUAAUCAGUUAAAAAUAUAUGAAUUUUGACUCUGGGAGGAUUCGAACCCGCGGCGGUCGCCCGCCCCUGAAGAAGGUGUGACGCGGGUUUAGUCCCACAUCGGUUGUGCGCGGAUUAUUCGGGCGAAUAUAUAGUAAAGUUAGUAGGCAAAAUCCUCUCGCGUGUACGACCACUCCUUGCCCCACAGCCGGCUGACCACCGGUGACGUGGAAGGGGAGUGGCGCACACGUGCCCCCUAUCGAUCCAAGCAAGGUGCUCGAGCCCCUGCUCGCGGCUACUCCCCGACUGCGCUUCCGACCCGCUUGCGGGCCCGGCUGGCCGGCGGGUCUCCCUAUUUUGCAAUAUUUUUAUUUUUAUUUCUUGUUCUUCGUUUAUCUCAAAACUAAGACUGUAAAAAUCGUAUAAAAUCACAUCAUUACCCAAAAAUUCACGUUAAUCAACUGAAAACCACUUUUCAUGCUUUAACACAAAUAUAAGUCUAUUUAUCAUGAGUUAAGGCUAAAACUAUAUUAUUUACUAAUUAUUAACUCAUGAUAAUGAAGACUUAUCAUGGACUGUUGGUAAUCAUACAUGAUAGGGCAGGUGGAUCAAUGUAGGGAACAGUGUAGAGGCAAAUCCAGGGGAAGGAACAUGGAAUUGAUCAAGAACAAGAACCUUGAUAAAGAUAAAAACCAAACAACAUCAGGCCUGGCCUCAUUGUAAUUUAAAUCACAUAAAUUUAAAAUUUAUAAAACUAGAAAAUUCUAAUAUCUAAAUUUUAAAAAUUAUUUCCAAAGAAAUAUAUUAAUUUAAAAUCAAAGAAGGAGAUCCAAAAUAGUGAGAAUUUCCCAACUUGAUCACAAGGAUGUAUAAUAAUAUUAGAUAUAUUUUCAAAAAUUGUCCUGAAUUUUUUUUGUAUAACAAAAGAGAUUUGUAACAAUAAUUUAAGAAGGUUUAAUUAAUGAAAUCAAGAGUUGAAAGUGACUAAUCAAUAAGAAUAGACUAAAGUUUAGUUUCGAAAAUUUAACUAAACUAUUAUUAAUUUAAUAAAUAAAUGACGUUAAAUAAUAUAAUUAGAGCUUCAAUGUCACAAUAGUGAUCAUUAGAACUCUAUAUGUUCAAAAGAUCUCUAGGCAGUGUUAACCUCAAUGGCUCUCUUUGGAUGUGUAGGGCAUGAGCACUCUUUGGAUUCUUGCGUGAAGUUUAGAGGACGAAGUUAGGUGGUGAUAAAGUAGAUCUUCGGCAGCUGCCACCGAGUGGAGUAG